AUGGCUUCGCUUUUUAGUCUUCUUCUCUUCAUUCUCAUCUCUUCAGCUCAUGCUUGUGAUCGUUGUAUUUCUCAAUCCAAGGCUACUCAUUACUAUGGGGAUGCACCAACUUCAUAUGGAGGUGCAUGUGGGUAUGGAAACUUUGCCUUGGAAUUAUCCCAAGGCUAUUUUGCAGCAGCUGUGCCAUCUCUCUACAGACAAGGAAUUGGGUGUGGUGCUUGUUAUCAGGUAAGAUGUAAGAAUGAAACAUUGUGCAACACAACAGGGACCAAAGUAGUUUUGACAGAUCAAAACUACGACAAUAGAACAGAUUUUGUUCUCAGUAGAAAAGCUUUCUCUGCAAUGGCUUUAGAUGGCAAAGGCCAAGAACUUCUGAAAUCUGGAAUUGUUGACAUAGAAUACAAGAGGAUACCUUGUGAAUACAAUAAAAAUUUAUUAGUACAAGUGGUGGAAUGGAGCCACAAACCAUAUUAUUUGGCCAUUAAAUUCCUAUACCAAGGGGGCCAAACAGACAUAUUAGCAGUCGACAUAGCUCAGGCUGAUUCUCAAGAUUGGCAUUACAUGAAAAGAAACUAUGGACCUAUUUGGGACACCAAUGAAGUUCCCGAAGGAGCAAUAAAGCUAGUGGUGAUUGUAGCUUCGGGAUAUAGAAAUGGGAGGGGAAUUAUGGCAAGUUAUGCACUUCCUGCUGAUUGGAAAAAUGGAGAGAUUUACGAUACUGGAAUUAAGAUCAAGGAUAUUGCUGGAGAGUAUUGCAAUCCUUGGCGCUGCGGUGAAGAACCAUGGAAAUGAACAAACUUCACAAAUUUAUACUUAGAAUUUUGAUAAAAAAUUCUGAGUUCUAUUAUCAAAUAAAUAUUAAUGAACUACGUAUGUAUGUAUACAUAUUUUAUGUGUGCGUGAAUGGAUCUCAACAACCUUAUGGUGUGAUAUAGCUUA